AUGACAAAUCUAGCGUCAGCUUUGCGUUGGAAAAUUGGUGAUGAGGAGGAUGGCGAUCGUAUCACGGUAGCACCGGACCCAAUUGCGAGUGAUAGAGAAACGAAAAACAAGAUAGACCGGCGGCCGAGCCAAAGAACAAUAGAUCCGAAGUCUGCCCUUCCAAUCGCAUAUCGCAGCCUUUCAUUCGAGAUUGAGGAUGAAGAUCAAAGAAAGCUGCGGCUUCAACGCCGAGGGGGAAAGGAUAAGAUGGCCGAUGCAGAAUGGCAAAAUAUCGAUUGGCACACCAUGUCUAUUCAGGAGAUCCAAAAAACUCUCAAUGUAGACGCAGGGAUUGGCCUAUCUGAAGCCGCGGCCAAGGAACGAUUACAGAAAUAUGGCCGAAACAAGAUUUCACCACUACCAAAUCCCUGGUUCUGGAAGAUUUUGGGAUAUUUCUUCAAGGGGUUUGGGUCAAUUCUGCUCCUUGGUGGCAUCCUGGUCUUCAUUUCAUGGAAGCCGCUGGGUGAGCCGCCUGCGGUUGCAAAUUUGGCCUUGGGUAUUGUCCUCAUCGCGGUAUUCGCCAUUCAGGCUGCUUUCAAUGCCUGGCAGGAUUACUCGUCUUCUCGCGUGAUGGCCUCAAUUACAGCAAUGCUCCCAGAGUCAUGUCUCCUUCUGCGCGGCGGUUCCCGGGUCGAGAUUCCUGCUUCUGACCUCGUUCCCGGAGAUACUUUGAUUAUCAAGGCAGGCAACAAAAUUCCCGCAGAUGUUCGAUUUAUCGAGGUUUCACAUGAUCUGAGUAUUGAUCGGUCCGUUGUCACUGGAGAGUCACACCCAAUAAAGGGUGACACGAUAACUUCAUCUGAUAACUACCUUGAGACAAGAUGCAUUGGUCUUCAAGGCACCCAUUGCGUCUCUGGUCAGGGAAUCGGCAUUGUUGUUGCCACCGGCGACUCGACGGUCUUUGGUCGAAUUGCUAAGUUGGCGGGUGAGCCAAAGACUGGACUCACUACUAUUGAAAAGGAAGUCAUGCGUUUUGUGGUUCUCAUCUUUAUUAUCAUGGUGGUCUGGAUUGUAAUUCUGGCUGCUGUUUGGGGUGGUUGGCUACGCAAGGCACAUCCUGACUAUAUCAACGUGCCCACACUCAUUGUUGACUGUGUGAGCGUUGCCAUCGCUUAUAUACCAGAGGGUCUUCCGAUUGCCGUCACUGCGAGCUUAACAAUCACAGCAAAUGUGCUUAGGAAAAACAAGGUCCUCUGCAAAUCUCUCAAAACUGUUGAGACGUUGGGAUCGGUAUCAGUCAUCUGCACUGACAAAACGGCUACAUUGGACGCUACAGGGGACCACGUAGCCGUCCAAUUGGAUCGGCCUGUUCUCCAGCAGCUUCACGCUGUUACAGGCCUCUGCAAUGCUGCUGUAUUUGACUCUGAGUCAACCAACAUUCCCCUUAGCGAGCGACGUAUUUUUGGUGAUGCUACUGAUCAAGCCAUUCUGAGAUUCUCAGAGAGUCUCGGUUCUGUCAGUGCGCUGCGGAAAUCAUGGCAGACAAUUUUCAAUCUUGCUUUCGACAGCAAAAACAAAUUCAUGAUCAAAGCGAUGAAGGCUGUCGAUCUUCAAGCGGCUAGAUCUUGUGUUUCUCCCGCCGAUUCAAGCAAUUUUGAUUCCAGCAACAUUCUUUUCACCAUCAAAGGAGCGCCGGAUAUCUUGAUUGAGCGAUGUUCACAAAUCCUAUGUCCUGAUAGCUCAACAAAGCCUCUUACCCAAGUCGAUCUAGCUGCUAUAAGGCGAUUGAAGGAUCAAUGGUCUUCAGAGGGUAAACGGGUAAUUUUGCUUGCUCGCAAGAUUCUCACAAAGGACGCUAUACCGGCUGAAACAAGCUCUGUGGAGUUUGAGACCCAAAUGCUCCGCGAAGCGAAGACAGGCCUAACUUUGGUUGGUUUGGUGGGUUUAACCGACCCGCCACGAUCCGAAAUUCCAGAGGUCAUUCGAGUCCUACGCCAGGCUCAAAUCCGGGUCUUCAUGGUCACUGGUGACUUUGGUCUCACGGCACUGGCUAUUGCUCGGCAGUGCGGUAUUGUUACCACGGAUUUGAUCCACGACGCGUCAGCUCUUCGCAAGUCCCCAAAUGCAACUGAGAAACAAGAGGAUAUAUCCCAAGCUGCAUUGCUUGUAAGUGGUCCAGACUUGAUCGCUCUCAACGAGUAUCAGUGGAGACAGCUGUGCAAGUAUCCCGAGAUUGUAUUCUCGCGUACUACUCCUAACCAGAAACUGCGCAUUGUUCGUGAGAUCCAAUCCAGGCAAGAAGUCGUUGCUAUGACUGGAGACGGCGUCAAUGACGCUCCUGCUCUCAAAGCUGCCGAUAUUGGUAUUAGUCUUGCCAGCGGUUCCGAUAUCGCCAUUGAGGCUGCGGAUAUGGUUCUACUUGAUUCAUUCGCUGCGAUCGUUGAGGCUGUGCGGUAUGGACGUGUAGUAUUUGACAACCUCAAGAAGACAGUCGCUUAUCUUCUACCCGCUGGCUCAUGGUCCGAAUUCUGGCCCGUAUUCUGCAACCUGAUCUUCGGAAUCCCUCAAAUUCUCUCGUCUUUCUUGAUGAUAAUAAUUUGUUGUUUCACAGACUGUGCUGCCGCUGUUGCCCUUGCAUACGAGGUCCCAGAAGCAGACGUUCUUUUUCGCCCCCCAAGGCAUCCAACCAAAUCCCGCCUGGUCAACUGGCAGCUUAUGUUCCAUUCUUACGCGUUCAUUGGUAUGAUUGAAACAGCCUUGUCAUUUACCAUGGCUUUUUGGUAUCUACAGAGGAACGGAAUUCACUUCUCCGAUUUGUGGUUCAAGUUCGGCGAGUUACCACCGGGUGUUGAUUCAGACUACUACACUGCGAAAGUUAACGAAGCAAGCUCAAUCUACUUCAUCAACCUUGUGGUCAUGCAAUGGUUCAACUUGAUGGCUGUACGAACAAGGCAUCUAUCCAUUUUCCAACACCCUCCAAUGUUCAACAAGUCAACACAGAACCUAUACUUAUUCCCUGCCAUAGCAUUUGCACUGGGAAUUUCCGUCAUUUGGCUUUACAUCCCUAGUCUACAGACAUCACUUAGUACCUCGGGCAUUCCUGCCGAGCAUUACUUUCUCCCUGCUGCUCUGGGUCUUGGACUCCUAUGUCUGGAUGAAAUGCGAAAAGCCGCUGUUCGUCGCUGGCCAAACGGAAUUUUGGCCAAGAUGGCUUGGUAA